UGACCACGAGCACCGGAGCGGGGUCGGUUCCGGUCCCCGCUCCUCGUCCCGGUUCCGUCUCUGCUCCCGGGGCGAUGCGGGCCGAGCUGCGGGGCCUCGCCGGGCCCGUGCCGCUGCCCGACGGGCAGCCCGUGGUGCUGGGCCGCGGGCCGCUCACCGGCGUCACCGACCGCAAGUGCUCCCGGCAGCAGGUGGAGAUCGUGGCCAACUACACCGAGGGCACGGCCCAGGUCACACAGCUUGGGGUGAACCCCAGUUCGGUGGGGGGGUCCGUGCUGGGCCGGGGGGGCUGCGGGACCCUCACCCCCGGGCAGACCCUGCUGCUGGUGAACGGGAGGUACCCCCUGGUCCUGCACUUCGAGGGGUCCCCCCACCCCAAAAAACGCCCUGCAAGCCCCCCCGAGGAGCCCCCCCCCGCCCGCAGAACCCCCCCCAGCCCCUCCCAGGGUGGGUGGAAGAAGCUCGGAUCCCUCCUCAUCCUCACCCCCUCAGGGGUCCGGCCCAGCACGAAGGUCGCCGGGUUUGACCUGGAUGGGACCCUCAUCACCACCCGCUCUGGGAAGGUGUUUCCCACCAGCCCUGAUGAUUGGAGGAUUUUGUAUCCCGAGAUUCCCAAAAAGCUGAAACAGCUGCAGAAUGAGGGGUAUAAGCUCGUGGUGUUCACCAACCAGUUGGGGAUCUCCCGGGGCCGGCUGCGCCCCGAGGUGUUCCAGGCCAAGGUGGAGGCGGUGACGCAGCAACUCGGGGUGGCCCUGCAGGUGCUGGUGGCCACGGGGCCAGGGAUCUACAGGAAACCAGUGCUGGGAAUGUGGGAUCACCUGUGUGAGAAGGCGAACGGGGACGUGACGGUGUCGGUGCCCGACAGUUUCUACGUGGGGGACGCUGCCGGACGCCCCCCAAACUGGGCGCCAGGGAGGAAGAAAAAGGAUUUCUCCUGCAGCGACCGAUUGUUCGCUCUCAACGCGGGGCUGCGGUUCCUGACUCCUGAGGAAGAGUUCCUGGGCUGGGCCCCAGCGCCCUUUGACCUCCCAGCCUUCGACCCCCGUCCCCUGGACACCAAAGUCCCCCCGGAACUCCCCAGGGAUGAACUGGUGUCGGACAAGCCUGAGGUGCUGCUGACCGUUGGCUUCCCUGGGGCUGGCAAAUCCACCUUUGUGAAGCGACACCUGAUCCCUGCAGGAUACGAAUACGUGAACAGGGACACGCUGGGCUCGUGGCAGCGCUGCGUCUCCGCCUGUUCGGCCGCCCUGGCUCGGGGCCGCCCCGUUGUCGUCGACAACACCAACCCUGACCCCGAAUCGCGGCAAAGGUUUGUGUCCUGUGCCCGGGAGGCCGCGGUGCCGUGUCGGUGUCUCCAGUUCACUGCGAGUCUGGAGCAGGCACGGCACAACUGCAGGUUCCGGGAUAUGACGCAGAGCGGCCACGUCCCCGUCACCGACGCUGUCCUGUUCGGCUACAAGAAACACUUUGUGACACCCGACCUCUCCGAAGGCUUCUCCCAAAUCCUCCAGAUCCCCUUCGUGCCCCAUUUUGGGGACCCCCCAGACCCACAACGAAGGCGCCUCUUCUUCCAAUUUAGCGAUGGGUGAAGACCCCCAUCGAAAACCCAAAUAAAGGCAUUUCCCUCCCCCCAAUUUUUGGGAUAUUUUUGUCUCUAAAUCAAAUUUAUUGUACAAAGUGGGAGGGAGGGGC